AUGGCCUCAGAGUUGGAGAAUGCAAUCGCUGAGGCACUCAAGAGCAGAAAUGUUACCGCUCUGAGAUCAUUCCUGCAAAACAACGCCAAUGAGGCUCUCAAAUGUUCAGCGCAGUUUCUCAACAAAUUGGAUGAUCUUAUCAUUUGGAGCUUGAAUGAAAAAGAUUUCAAUGUUGCCUGCGUAGCUUUUACAGUGCUCCAUAAUUGUGGGAGAAACUUAAAAUUUCCUAGUGGCAGUCAAGGAAUUGCAGGAAUAAUAGAGCAAGGCUUCAUCCAGAAGAUGUUUCAGUGGUUUAUCAAAUGUAAGGAAGUGUGGAUUCAGCACGGACCGCAGAGGGAUAAAUCUUUGGCUACACUGUCAGAGGACUUCUUCGAUGCUGUCACGAUUAUCCUUGAAGCAUCCAAAAAAGCAUUGGUGGGAAUCCAAUCUUUCCUGUAUUCUCUUGGCCAUUUGGUGAAUGAUCCCAGACUUUGCAUCGUCAUUAGAAAAGAGGCAGUCUGUGCAUUGAACAAAAUUCUGAAAGAACUCGCAGUGUCACCUGAGAAAGAAAAAGUCCUGACCUCACAGGAGGCCUCAGAUUUGAUGUCGGACCUGGCUGCUCAGAUUAUGCACUGUGGGGAUUACGAUUUCCAGGUUGCUCUGAUCGAGGUAUUAUUCCGAAUGACCACAGCUGACCAGAAAAAGAAGCUGCCUGCCGUCUGGUUCAGCGUAGCUCAAGUAGCCUGUGCUUUUGGCCAAAUUCACCCUUUGGAGUUUGAAGCGGAUUGUCGUACAUUUCUGAACUUCGUAAAUGGAUUACAAGGAGACAAUCGAAGAGUGAAAUCUUACCCAUGUUUCGAAGUGUUUCUGGGGAAUGUCAAGCUUCUGAAACCCGCUGAUGACAAGCCUGACAAAUUCUGGAUUGACUUCAACCUUGGCAGCCAAAGCAUCUCUUUUUAUUUCUCAUGUGCUGAUGAAAAGUCUCAGACAGGUUAUUGGGAUUCAAUCUGCAUCCCUGAGAAUGAGAUCCACAGCUACAGUGUUACAGAGAAGGGAAUGAAACAAAUCUUACAGUUACAGCUGUCUGCAGUGAUCAUGGCGGGUAGCGUCAAAGGAUCAAAUAUCUUCAUCAGCUUCUGCCCCACCUUAGACAUCCUCCAGACUGUUCGUUGCAUCUAUGGACAAGGAAAGAUCAAAAGCACAUUUGGAAAGAGGUCUACUGUUAACAUGACACUUAACAUUGACAUUGAAGAGAACAAAUCCCAGCAGAAUUUAGUCCCUGAGACUCAAGUGUCCCAUAAUGACGAUGACAAGAGCACGCUCUCAUAUCUGGGAAUUGAACAGCCAACAUCUUUAGAAAUCGCAGCCAAUAUGAUGCUUUCUGGCUUGACCACCUUAAGCAACGACUGUUCCAAAGGGGGCAUACAUAAAUCAAACAUUUCAGCAGAGAACAAAGGGAAACCAUCUCUGGAGAUGUUUUGUGUUUCUGAUAGAAAGAAGAAUGCUAAUCUCGCAAAACAAAAGACCACUGAUGAAAUCUCCAAAUGUGUCCGGACAAAGCAGAGCAUACCAGUAUUAAGAGAACCAGAACGAAUGCAAACAGGACAGGAUAUAGACCAGCUUCAGGAUAAUUCUUUUGUGCCUGACACCCAGCCUGUAAUUGAGAGAAACACGAGUCAAAGGAACAAACUGUCAAUUUCGGAAAUACCCAAAAGGCCGCCACAAAAAAACAACCUUCUGCCAAAUUCUGGACAAUCUUCAAAUGUUGCAAAGAAGCAAGAGCGCCUACAAUCUGCCCAGACAGUUGCAGGUUUGAGUAAGCCAAAGCACCUCAAUGGCAAACAUACUCACCACCCGCAACAGAGCUCUAAAGAAAAAACUCCCGGGGGCUCAGAUGAUUUUGAGCCUCACCUUCCUAAAGAGCUAGAGGCCCAGGGCAAACAACUUGACAAAACCAUUGACAGAGGCAAGCAAUCAUUGGUGGCAACUUCAACUGAGGCAUCUAAAACCAACCAGGAAAAAAAUUCAAAUGAUAAGAGAGCUACAGAGUUUGUAGGCAACAUGGUGAAACGUAUCUCGAGCUAUUAUUCUAAGAACAACAACAAAAAUGGCGGUGCACCUCAAUGCUGGAUUCCACCUAAUGUCAGCAGCUUACUUUUCACCAGUGAAAAAAAUGCACAAGCAAAAGACGUAAACAAAUUCCACAGUAAGAUCACAUCAAAUUCUGCCAACAAAAGAAACGAUGUUUUUGAAUUUAGCAUUGAUGAGCCAUUCAGCAUCGGGGGAAAGGGCAAGACAUACCUUGGCAAAUCUCCCACAUCAAGCAAAGGUAUUCGUGACUCCUCAGUGUACUUUCCCGCAACCAGAUCAAGACAACUCGCCACAAAAGAGAAGCGGGAUGGAAAGAAGCAUCUGUUCAGCAGAGACAAUAACAAUUCCCCAGAUGUCCGCACGCUGAAAGAGUCAAGCAAGAAAACCAAAGUUAAAACGACAUAUGCCCAAAAUGAACCAGUCACUUCAAAACGAUUUCAGCCUCAUAAUUCAAAUAAAUCCCCAGUCAUACCCAAAAGCAUUCCAAAACCUGGAAAAAGAAAUUCAAGACUCAACAAGAAGCCAAUGGAAUUUCAGAAGGAUACUCCAGAGCCUGAUAGUCCCUUCAAUGUCAACAAAAGACCCAGGCGAAGUGCCACCUUAGCAAAGAGCUAUAAAGAGCCAGCCACAGAUGAGAGCCUGUCAGAAUUAGAGCAGCCUCAAGUAACCAAGCAGGCAUGUAAAAGUAUUCAACCAAACAAAUCCAAUGCCACGAAGGUUCAUGUCCAACAACAGAUAUCAAAGUGUCCUCGUCCUGUCCGCAAGACCUCCCCUUCUUCCAUCAAGAAAAUGCGACUCCCUGAACUGUCUGCCCAGUCCCCGCAGUUGGACAUAUCACCUCUCGUCAGACUGCCACCGGGUUUCUCGCCAAAGGAGAAAAGUGUGAUCCAACCGUCUUCACUUCCACUGUGUUUUUCUCCCUUAUUAACGCCCACAAAUUUAUCCCCGAUCUCUGCUUCGCCCCAUUCCCAUUUUCCUGGAGCCGCCACAAAUCCUGACCUGAAUUGCACCUUCAGUCAGGAAUCUUCUAUAUCUCAGGUUUCCCUCAAUCUGUCAUUCACCAUUGGAGUUCAGCAAAGGGCAAUUGCCUUACAGGCUUUUAGUCCGAAAACAGAGAAAACGGCACACUCAAAUGAAGAUUCUUCUGAUACUCAAGCCUCAGGACCUCCUCGAAAGCGCCACAACUCCUUGUCUAGUAACGCUGAGGAAAAAGAGAGACAAAAAAGGAAGUGCAUCUCUGGCUUGAAACAUCAUGUCUUAUUCAACUCCUUUGCUGAGAAGAGCAUUGAAGGUGAGGUGAGCCAUGGGCAGACCACCUUCUCAAUGAUGAUGAAUCACUGGGACACAGAUGGGGGAAAUGGAGAGAUGGAUCUGGACGAUUUAGAGUUUGUGGAUGUUGGAGUUAACCUGAGUAAUCUGUCUCCUCAACUCAAAUCUAAGCUAAAGGCAAAGUUCCAGAAGAAGAACUACAUCAAGUUAAUGGAAGGUUAUUACAAUGAGACUAUGAAGACUGUCGAGCAACACCUCUUCUCUCUCACCAAGCAGCUUAACAAACACAGGACUAAUAAGUUUGCAGAUGUCAAGAAUGUCCUUAUGGAAGAGCUACACAAUCUGGAGCAGGGGAAGGCUGUCCUGAAUAGCAUGGAUAAAGACCUGAAUAUAUGCUUGGAAAAUCAGAAGUCUUUCUUCCAGUCAUAUCGUGAGCAGGGAACCAAUAGCAUAGAGGUCCUGAAGAGAACCCUGGGAGAGUUGCACUCAAACCUUGAGUACGAGGAGCCGUUCUUCACAUCCCAGAUGGCUGAUUUGAAAAAAGACAUGAGAUCAAUCCAAGAACGACUCCUCAGCACAACGCACAAGGACGCCCUGGAAAGUUUGAGGAGAGGAUUGCGCGCCUGGAUCCUUGAUUGAAGUUGCAAUUUGAAUUGCAGGAUAAGUUAUGCUAAGUUAGUGUAAAUAUUACAUUAAGUCAUAAGUGUAUGUUAAGUUAUACUGUUAAUGUUUGGUAUUUUGUAACAGCAGUUACACUACUACUGUUAAGCAAAUAUAUAGAAGUGUUAUGGGCAAGUUAUGGUUCUGUCUCCCUGACCCUUGUGAAUUUUACUUUUUAAAUCUAAGAUUUGCUAGACUUUC